AUGACCGAAAGCACGUCGUAUAUGGAGAAGUUUUCCGAUAGUGACAUUCACCAACGGUCCUACUCCACAAAACAAGAAGGAAGGACAGGUACAUGGCAAAAUUUCAAGGACUCGUUUAAAAGAGUCACCGUGGACGAUGACAUAGACCCAGAUCUCUCAGAUAUCGAAAGAGCCAAUCUUCUCACAUCCAGAUCACCUCUUCAAAGAAAGUUGAAGUCAAGAAACAUCACCAUGAUUGCCAUUGGCUCAUCUAUCGGUAGUGCACUUUUCGUUGGAUCAGGGUCAGCUCUAAGUACGGGAGGUCCCGGUGGUAUACUUAUCGGAUGGACAAUUACCGGUUUAGCGAUUUUUACCACCAUGCAAAGUUUGGGAGAGCUCUCAGUAGCAUUCCCUGUGAGUGGCGGUUUCAAUUUGUACGCAAGCAGAUUCAUUGACCCUUCAAUCGGCUUCGCCGUUGGCUGGAAUUACUUCAUUCAGUUUUUGGUUCUUCUUCCCUUGGAACUUGUCAGUGGCUCCAUCACUAUGAAGUUCUGGAACACAACGGUUAAUCCUGAUAUUUGGGUUCUUAUAUUUUACGUUGUUGUCUGCUCCAUAAAUAUGAUUGGUGUGAGAGCAUACGGCGAAGCAGAGUUUCUUUUUUCCAUUAUCAAAGUCACCGCAGUUAUAGGAUUCAUCAUUGUCAGCAUCGUGCUUGCUGCCGGCGGCGCUCCAAACGGAGUUCAUCACGGGUCUAAGUUCUGGCAUAAUCCGGGUGCGUUUGCCAAUGGUUUCAAAGGCGUUGCAUCAGUAUUCGUCACAGCAGCUUUUGCGUAUGCUGGAGUUGAACUCGUUGGCCUCGCAGCUGCUGAAGCAGAAAAUCCUAGACGUGCUUUACCACGUGCUAUCAAGCAAGUUUUUUGGAGAAUCUUGAUGUUCUACUUGGUGUCUCUCACAUUGAUUUGCUUUUUGGUUCCAUACGACUCAGAUAGACUUUUAGGUGCAUCCUCAGUGGAUGUCACUGCCUCCCCUUUCGUUAUCGCCAUUGAGCAAGGUGGAAUUCAUGGUCUUCCUCACGUCAUGAAUGCGGUGAUUUUGAUUUCCGUUAUCUCAGUGGCUUCCACAUCGGUGUAUGCUUCCUCUCGCACACUCACAUCAUUGGCAGAGCAAGGAUUAGCGCCAUCUUUCUGCUCCUACGUAGACAGAGCAGGCCGUCCCUUGGCAGCCAUCAUCAUCUGUAACAUUUUUGCAUUACUUGCUUUUAUUGCAGCCAGCAACAAAGAAGGCGAGGUAUUCGACUGGCUCAUGAGUAUUUCAGCAUUGAGCUCUAUCGCAUCAUGGAUCAGCAUCAACUGGGCCCACAUCAGAUUUAGACGUGCUUUAAAAACACAGGGAAGGUCAACUGACGAAUUGACGUUUGUGGCACAGACUGGUCUUAUAGGCUCCUACGUUGGUGGUCUUAUUUUUCUUUUGGUUUUGAUCGCCCAAUUUUGGAUUGCCUUGUUCCCAGUUGGGGAGAAAUCAAGCGCCUACAACUUCUUCUUGUCUUACUUGGGAGGAGUCAUCCUAGUAGUGUUCUACGUGGGCCACAAGCUUUGGAAACGGAAUUGGAUCUUGCAGAUUCCAUCAAGAAAGAUUGAUCUUGACACUGGCCGCAGAGAACCUGAUUUGGAGCUCUUGCGCGAGCAGCUUCGUCAAGAAAAAGCUUUCUUGAAAGGCAAGCCAUGGUACUAUAGACUUUAUCGAUUUUGGUGCUAG